CGCGCGCGCAGCCCCGCCCGCCCGCGCAGGCCCUUAGGACCCCCUCGGACCGGUGCUUGGGCGAGCGCAGUGCGAGCCCCCCCUUAGCCUGUGCCCGACUGCUCGCCGCCCUCUCUGGCCGCGCUGCCCGCUUAGCCCCGCCAUGCCGGUGGACAUCAGCAAGUGGACCGGGCCCUUGUGCCUGCAGGAAGUGGACGAGGCCCCGCAGCACCCGCUGCAGGUCAAGUACACCGGGACGGAGAUCGACUCGCUGGGCAAAGUGCUCACGCCCACCCAGGUGAAGAACCGGCCCACCAGCAUCGCCUGGGAUGGCAUGGACUCUGAGAAGCUCUACACCUUGGUCAUGACAGACCCGGAUGCUCCAAGCAGGAAGGACCCCAAGUUCAGGCAAUGGCACCACUUUCUCGUGGUCAACAUGAAGGGCAGUGACAUCGGCAGUGGCACCGUGCUCUCCGACUACGUGGGCUCCGGGCCGCCCAAGGGCACAGGCCUUCACCGCUACGUCUGGCUGGUGUACAAGCAGGACGGGCCGCUCAAGUGUGACGAACCCGUCCUCAGCAACCGGUCCGGGGACCACCGGGGCAAGUUCAAGGUGGCGGCUUUCCGCAAGAAGUACGGGCUGGGCGCCCCGGUGGCCGGCACCUGCUACCAGGCCGAGUGGGACGACUACGUGCCCAAACUCUACGAGCAGCUGGCCGGGAAGUAGGGCGCAGCGAGGGGCCCCGAGCAGUCCCAGGGGCCCCGCGCAGGCCGGGGUCCGCGCUGCAUGUCCCCGUCUCUCCCCCCCAUUCCCUGUUCACAGGCGCGACCUGAACUCUCAGACCAUGGUUCAGGGCGACUUCCCUUUCCUCCCGGCCGUUAUUAUAGCCUUAGAGGGGCACCUACUCAGUUUCUGUUGUGAUCGAGUUUAAAUUCCGAUCGGGGGGGAUGUGGUGGAGCUAUGAUCGGCUCAUCCAAGAGUGAAUUGAGGUAUUGGCAAUGACCCAGAGUGUAAAAGAAUAAUUCAGGUUCAAAGGCGUAAGUCACGGAGCAGAGCACCCGAGGACCCUUAGAGGAAGUUCGAAAGGAGAAAAGGUGCUUCUGCCUUUGUGAGCCGAGUCCAGUGCCUGCUGGCACCUUCUCUGACAUGGUUUCAUGGUGCUGCCUGUCACCAAAGGCAGCAGAAGGCUCCUGGGUUGCUGGCCCUCGACACGCGGCCUGGACGUGGCGGGGUAGGUCCCCCACUGGCUCCACAAAGAUGAGCACUGGAAGCCGGGAGAGGGAGAGGGAGAGCUGAAGUGUUGGCAGGCCCUCGAGACGCGGGCUGGGUGGGAGGUCACCGGGAACCUGUGUGUCCGCCUGUUUCAAUCGAUCACUUCCCCUGGGUGUAAGAAGAACCGAUCUGGGAUUGCGGAAUGUGUGUUAAUCCUGCUCUUUCCUUGUAGUUGAAUAAAGUCACAAUAAAAGCAUUGUGUGGCUGGA